GCCAUCACACACCGUCGCCAGUCGCCAAUCGACAUCAAGAGCGAAGUUGUUUGCCAUGAUCCUGAGCAUUGCAAGGCUGAUUCGUUGAACAUCAGCUACACCCAUGGCGAUUGUCAUGAUGUCGUCUGCACCGACCAUGGUUUCCAAGUGAACGUUGGACGCAAAUGCACCACAACACUCUCGGCAAGCCAUCUUCCUGGAACCUAUCAGCUGGCUCAAUUCCAUGCUCACUGGAGCAAAGAUGGCAGCUGUGGCUCGGAACAUCUGCUCAAUGGAAAGGCCAUGAGUGGUGAGGUACAUUUCGUUUUCUGGAACACCAAAUACCAAUCAUUCGCAACGGCUGCCGAAAAAGACGAUGGUCUGGCCGUGGUCGCUGUUUUCAUCAAGGAAGGACAUCACUCGAAGCAUUAUGCUCCACUCUUCGAAGUGGUCCGCAAAGCAAUUGAUGCCAGACAGCCAAUUCCCAUGCCAAAGGACUUUGUCCUCGACCAACUCUUCCCACCUUCAGAUAAGCGCGAUUAUGUGACUUAUCUCGGAUCUCUUACUACUCCCCCCUACUCGGAGACCGUCAUCUGGACCGUGCUUACCACCCCAAUGGAAGUGUCAAAGGAACAGUUGAACAUCCUUCGCAAGAUCGUCUCGUCCAACUAUCGUGAAUGCCAGAAACUUUGCGAUAGGGCCAUCAAAGCAUCGGCUGUUAAGGUCUAA